GCUCUUUCUUACCCAUAAUGCUUUGUGGGGACGUUGACAAGUGGAUCCAAGAUGGCGUAGAAAGUAAUGACAGGAAUUGGAUGAAGUGAUUGAUCACUAAAGAACUACAGUGCUGGUGAGAUGUGUAAGAUUGAGGCAUACAAUUGACAUUUUGCCUUAAAAAAAAAACUUGGGAGAGGAAGGUGGACAUAAACCAAGAUCCUUUUAAAUUAUAAAGAGCUCUGAUGGGCUAUUUGGGUGAUACCCAGUGCAGUGAACUGCAGGAUUUUUGUCCCUGAGUCAUGGAAGACAGAAGAGCUGAGAAGUCAUGUGAACAAGCAUGUGACUCACUCAAGAGGCAGGACUAUGAAAUGGCCCUCAAGCACUGCACAGAGGCCCUUCUUUCUCUUGGCCAGUACUCCAUGGCUGACUCUCCAGGGCCAUGUCCACUGGAGAUAGAAAGUAUAAAAAUCGAGAGUCUUCUUUACAGAAUUGCCUCAUUUUUGCAACUGAAAAAGUAUGGGCAAGCUGAUGAAGAUUGUAGGCAUGUGCUGGGAGAGGGCCUGGCCCAGGGUGGUGGUGCCUUUCAGACAGUGCUCUGCUGCAUGCAGCUGAAAGGGAAGCUCCAGCUCGUAUCCAACAUUCUUGCCAAGUCACUGACAGGAGAGUCCCUGAAUGGGAUGGUAACAAAAGAUUUAAUAAGACUAAAAACACUUCUCACAGAAACAGAGACAGCAACUAGUAACAUCCUCUCUGGAUAUCACAUAGAAGACUUAGAAGAUGGAUCUUGUAAUGGUUGGCAUUUCCGCCCACCACCUAGGGGAAUCACAAGCAGCGAGGAAUAUACUUUGUGUAAAAGAUUUUUAGAGCAAGGAAUCUGUAGGUAUGGUGCGCAGUGUACUUCAGCACAUUCCCAGGAAGAACUAGCAGAAUGGCAGAAAAGAUAUGCUUCACGGUUGAUAAAAUUGAAACAGCAAAAUGAGAAUAAACAGUUCUCAGGCAGUUACAUGGAAACCUUGAUAGAAAAGUGGAUGAAUUCAUUAUCUCCUGAGAAAGUGCUUAGCGAAUGUGUAGAAGGAGUAAAAGUAGAGCAUAUACCUGAUCUGACGGUUACUGUCAACACCAAAAAGUCUCACCAGACGUGGACCUUUGCUCUCACCUGUAAGCCUGCAAGAAUGCUGUAUCGUGUAGCAUUGCUUUAUGAUGCUCAUCGUCCUCAUUUUAGUAUCAUUGCAAUAUCUGCCGGAGAUAGUACUACCCAGGUAUCACAAGAAGUCCCAGAAAACUGUCAAGAAUGGAUAGGAGGAAAGAUGGCCCAAAAUGGAUUAGAUCAUUACGUGUAUAAAGUCGGGAUAGCAUUUAACACAGAAAUAUUUGGAACUUUUCGCCAAACCAUAGUUUUCGACUUUGGAUUGGAACCAGUACUCAUGCAAAGAGUAAUGAUUGAUGCAGCUUCUACAGAAGAUCUUGAAUACCUGAUGCAUGCAAAACAGCAGCUGAUAACCACAGCUAAGCGCUGGGAUUCUUCUUCUAAGACUAUUAUAGAUUUCGAACCUAAUGAAACUACUGAUUUGGAGAAGAGCCUUCUUAUCAGAUACCAAAUUCCUCUCUCUGCUGACCAGCUAUUUACCCAGUCCGUUUUAGACAAAUCAUUGACCAAAACCAACUAUCAGUCACGGUUGCAUGACCUUCUUUACAUUGAGGAGAUAGCCCAGUAUAAAGAAGUUAGCAAGUUCAACCUUAAGGUGCAGUUGCAGAUUCUAGCAAGCUUCAUGCUCACUGGAGUUUCUGGAGGUGCAAAGUAUGCUCAGAAUGGACAGCUUUUUGGUCGCUUUAAGCUUACUGAAACACUUUCUGAAGAUACUUUGGCUGGACGGCUGGUGAUGACCAAAGUCAAUGCUGUUUAUUUAUUACCAGUCCCUAAAGAGAAGUUAGCACAGACCCAGGGAACCAAAGAGAAGGUUUAUGAAGCUACUAUUGAAGAAAAAACAAAAGAAUAUAUAUUUUUAAGGAUAUCCAGGGAAUGCUGUGAAGAACUUAACCUUCGGCCCGAUCAUGACACCCAGGUUGAACUUCAGUUUCAAUUAAAUCGAUUACCCCUGUGUGAAAUGCAUUAUGCGCUAGACAGGAUCAAGGACAAUGGGAUUUUAUUUCCAGACAUCACUAUGACUCCAACCAUACCUUGGAGUCCCAACAGACAGUGGGAUGAACAGUUGGAUCCUCGACUAAAUGCAAAACAGAAAGAGGCUGUUCUGGCCAUUACAACCCCACUUUCAAUACAGCUGCCUCCUGUUCUCAUCAUUGGGCCCUACGGAACAGGCAAAACUUUCACGCUGGCCCAGGCUGUAAAGCACAUGCUCCAGCAGCAGGAGACGAGCAGGAUUCUCAUUUGCACCCAUUCUAAUAGUGCUGCUGAUCUCUACAUAAAGGAUUAUUUACAUCCAUAUGUAGAAGCAGGCAAUCCCCAGGCAAGACCUCUCAGGGUAUAUUUCAGAAACCGCUGGGUAAAGACUGUUCACCCAGUUGUGCAUCAGUACUGUUUGAUCUCAAGCGCACAUUCCACCUUUCAGAUGCCACAGAAAGAAGAUAUUCUUAAGCACCGAGUGGUUGUUGUUACGUUGAAUACUUCCCAGUACCUCUGUCAGUUGGACCUUGAACCUGGGUUUUUUACGCACAUUCUGUUAGAUGAAGCUGCCCAGGCCAUGGAGUGUGAAACCAUUAUGCCUCUAGCAUUAGCAACUAAAAACACUCGGAUUGUCCUGGCUGGUGACCACAUGCAGCUCAGUCCUUUUGUUUACAGCGAGUUUGCCAGGGAAAGAAACCUUCAUGUUUCGUUACUGGAUCGGCUCUAUGAGCAUUACCCUGCCGAGUUUCCGUGUAGGAUCCUCCUGUGUGAAAACUACCGCUCCCACGAAGCGAUCAUCAAUUACACAUCUGAGCUCUUCUAUGAGGGCAAACUGAUGGCCAGUGGAAAGCAACCAGCACACAAGGAUUUCUACCCACUAACUUUCUUUACAGCACGAGGGGAAGAUGUGCAAGAAAAAAACAGCACAGCUUUUUAUAAUAAUGCAGAGGUAUUUGAAGUGGUGGAACGUGUGGAAGAGUUAAGAAGGAAGUGGCCAGUCGCGUGGGGGAAGUUAGAUGAUGGCAGUAUCGGUGUGGUGACUCCAUAUGCUGAUCAAGUGUUUAGGAUACGUGCUGAACUUCGAAAAAAGAGAUUAUCUGACGUUAAUGUAGAAAGGGUGCUAAAUGUUCAAGGAAAGCAAUUUAGAGUUUUGUUUCUUAGCACGGUACGUACAAGGCAUACGUGUAAACAUAAACAGACACCAAUUAAAAAGAAAGAGCAGCUGCUGGAAGAUUCCACAGAGGAUUUAGAUUAUGGUUUUUUAUCCAACUACAAACUUCUCAACACUGCCAUCACCAGAGCACAGUCCCUCGUUGCUGUGGUGGGUGAUCCCAUCGCCCUGUGCUCUAUUGGAAGAUGCAGGAAAUUUUGGGAGCGGUUUAUUGCCCUUUGUCAUGAAAAUAAUAGCCUACACGGAAUCACUUUUGAGCAGAUCAAAGCUCAGCUAGAAGCUUUAGAACUGAAGAAGACAUAUGUGUUGAAUCCACUGGCACCCGAAUUUAUCCCGCGGGCUCUAAGACUGCAGCAUUCAGGAAGUGCCAACAAGCUGCAGCAGUCACCUCCCAAGGGGAAAAGCCUCCAUCAUACCCAGAAUGAUCAUUUCCAGAAUGAUGGAAUUGUUCAGCCCAAUCCUUCUGUACUUAUUGGGAAUCCCAUUAGAGCAUAUACUCCUCCACCCCCUCUGGGACCUCACCCAAAUUUGGGGAAAUCUCCAAGCCCUGUUCAGAGAAUAGAUCCUCACACUGGGACAAGUAUUCUUUAUGUACCUGCUGUCUAUGGAGGGAAUGUAGUUAUGUCGGUGCCUUUACCUGUGCCAUGGACAGGAUACCAGGGUAGGUUUGCUGUUGAUCCUCGAAUCAUUACACACCAGGCAGCGAUGGCCUAUAAUAUGAACCUCUUACAGACACAUGGACGGGGGUCUCCUAUACCUUAUGGCCUUGGGCAUCAUCCACCUGUCAGCAUAGGGCAGCCACAAAACCAGCAUCAGGAGAAGGAUCAGCAUGAGCAAAAUCGAAAUGGUAAAAGUGAUACAAAUAAUCCUGGACCUGAAAUUAAUAAGAUUCGAACACCAGAGAAAAAGCCUACAGAAUCAAAACAGAUUGAUUUGGAAUCAAAUCCACAGAACAGAAGUCCUGAAUCACGUCCUGGUGUUGUUUAUCCCAAUACCAAAUUUCAUCGCAAAGAUAAUCUCAACCCAAGACACAUAAACCUUCCCCUCCCCGCCCCCCACGCACAGUAUGCAAUCCCCAGUCGUCAUUUUCAUCCCCUCCCCCAGCUCCCAAGACCACCGUUUCCAAUUCCACAGCAGCAGCACGCCUUGUUAAAUCAGCAGCAGAAUAAUUUGCCUGAACAACCAAAUCAAAUGCCAUCCCAACCAAAUCAGGUAGUCCAGCAGCAGAAUCCGUUGAAUCCGCUGACUCAGCAGCCACCUCCUCAACUUUCUCCUGCCUACCAGUCAGGGCCCAACAGUGCUUUUUUUAAUAAUGCAGUUUCUCAUCGACCACAGUCGCCUCCUGUAGAGGCUGUGAUUCCUGAGCAGCAGCCCCCUCCCAUGUUGCAAGAAGGCCACAGUCCCCUGAGAGCCAUUGCGCAGCCUGGCCCCAUUAUUCCUUCACAUCUGAAUAACUUCACUGAUGAGAACCCCCCAGGACUGCCUAUAGGGGAGGCUCUAGAUCGAAUGCAUGGGAGUGUGGCCCUGGAAACAUUAAGGCAGCAGCAAGUGCGGUUACAGCAGUGGAAUGAGCACCACGCCUAUCUGAGUCAGGGCGGUAUUCCAUACUCACACCAUCACCAUCCGCACCCUCACCUCCAGCAUCUUCCUCAGCCGCCCAUUGGGUUACAUCAGCCGCCAGUGAGGGCGGACUGGAAGCUCCCUAGCGGUGCCGAAGGUGAAACAGAAACAACGGUUUCCAGGUUGCAAGGCUUACUCAGAGAACUGUCUAAUCGUGAUCCAAGUGAAGCACGGGAACUCGCUGAAAUGCCACCACCUCAAUCAAGACUUUUGCAAUAUAGACAAAUUCAGACCAGGAGCCCACCAGCAGUCCCAUCUCCCCCUUCCAGUACAGACCACAGUGGCCACUUUUCUAACUUUAAUGACAACAGCAGAGACAUUGAAGUAGCCAACAACCCGGCAUUUCCACAGCGCCUACCACCCCAGAUAUUCAGCUCGCCUUUCUCGUUGCCAUCUGAACACCUUGCCCCGCCUCCCUUGAAAUACCUGGCACCUGAUGGAGCAUGGACUUUUGCUAACUUACAACAGAAUCACCUAAUGGGGCCAGGCUUUCCCUAUGGCCUACCUCCGCUGCCUCACAGGCCACCGCAGAAUCCUUUUGUACAAAUACAGAAUCAUCAACAUGCUGUUGGUCAAGAGCCAUUUCACCCACUGUCAUCUCGAACAGUGUCUUCUUCUUCGCUCCCUAGCUUAGAAGAGUAUGAACCCAGAGGACCUGGUCGGCCCUUGUACCAAAGAAGAAUCUCCUCUAGCUCAGUCCAGCCAUGUUCUGAAGAAGUGAGUGCUCCUCAAGACAGUCUUGCUCAGUGUAAAGAGCUGCAGGACCACAGUAACCAAUCUUCUUUCAACUUUCUAUCCCCGGAGUCCUGGGUAAACGCCACCUCAUCUACCCCCUAUCAGAACAUUCCGUGCAAUGGAUCCAGCAGGGCAGCUCAGCCUAGAGAGUUGAUAGCUCCGCCCAAGGCCGUCAAACCUCCCCCUGAGGAUCAGCUGAAGUCUGAAAACCUUGAGGUGUCCAGUUCCUUCAACUAUAAUGUGCUGCAGCAUCUCGGCCAGUUCCCCCCCCUCAUGCCCAACAAGCAGAUUGCGGAGUCGGCCAACAGCAGCAGCCAGCAGAGUGCGGGGGGCAGCAAGCCCACCAUGUCCUAUGCCAGUGCUCUACGGGCGCCCCCCAAGCCCAGGCCCCCGCCUGAGCAGGCCAAGAAGAGUAGCGACCCUUUGUCCCUGUUCCAGGAACUCAGCCUGGGGAGCUCUUCGGGCAGCAAUGGCUUUUACUCCUAUUUUAAAUAAUCACUUUUUUCCCUCAAGGGAGAAUGUUUUAAUUUCUGUUUGUACCAGUAGAAUUAAGAUAGUUGGACUUCAUCUAUAGAUGCAGAGUUCCCUUUGUUUUAAUAUUAAAUAUGUUCUCACUUAAUUGCUUUGCUGCUAGACUUGCAACUAAUUUUUUAAAAGUAUAUUCCAUUAUUUUGCAUUUUGAUGUGUCGGAAUUUUGACAGCUUUUAUGUAGAAUAAAAAAAUAUUUUUAAAUUUGUGUAUUGUUACAUAUGUUUGCAUCAAGCUAGCAGCUAAGAGGUUAAUUGUGCAACUUAGAAAAAAAGAAAAAAGUUUGUCUAAAAUGUAUUUAAAAAGAAAAAAAACUUGUAAGUAGCAUUUACAUUUAUUCAAUAAUAUUACCAUAUGCUGGGUUUCUGUACCAGAAAUGGCCAGUUGAUGUACAAAAUGUAUGUUAUUUUUGCUUAAAUUCAUUUAAAAUUUUUUAAAAUAAAGGGCAGCAUCUUUUAAAUACUUUUAAGUUUUAUCAGCUUUUUUUUGGUGACAAGAUGCUGCAUUCUAAAACUUUCACAGUUUUAGACUCAUAUGACAUGCUGGUAUAAUCUCCAUCCAUGGUAGGAUAGAGUUAGAGGCAUUCUUCGCAGGUCUGUUCUGUAUGCCACUGUUUUUUGUAAUGUGAAAAAACGUGAGCAUACUUAGUUAUUUUUUUGGACAAGCUACACUUCAAGCUUGUUUUUAAUGUUAAUUUGAUAGUGUGUUUUUUUUAAACAGAUCAUGAAGCUGAAAAAUUUUUAGGAUUGUUGGUGCUUAGUAGACUUGAUAACUAUUUUAAAAAUGCGUGAAUUUAGUAAAAUCUUUUUUUUCCUCACUAUGCAUGUGUAGAUGUUUGUAAUCUGGCUCCUCCAUCCCACUCCAGUGGUAUAAAGACUUGUGCCGCUUUAAGGUUUUUUUUCCCCUCCAGUAAAAAUUUUCGUACCUUAUUUGAUGUUUACAUUACAAUGUGACAUUAUAAAUGGCAAUUCAAAUAUUUUGCUAACUGUUUUGAGGAACAUCAUUAAAGAAAAAAAUAUGUUUGUCAAAGAUGCAUCAAAAUUCAUCGAAAUCUGGGGCAAAAAAACCACCCUUGUUUUUCAUGUCUUUUGAUUCUUUGAAAAUAACCCCAUUGAACUUGUACAAAAAUAUAAACUUUAAAUAGCUAUCUUAACUAUUCUAUGGCCUAAAAGUUGUUUUGAAUGAACUUUGGUAAAAUCUAAAGGAGAAAAACGUUUACCCUCUUAAAACUGGUGGUCUUGUAACCUUUUGAAGCAAUGCAUGUCCUUACUGUUUUCCUGAAUUAGUACUACAACUUUUAUACUUCAGAAGUAUCUUGAAACUACAAUAUAACUUAAAAAAAAAAAAAAAGAUGCGGUUGGUAAACUUUGCAAAUGAACCAGUGGGUCCUGAUGAUUCGUUCCAAAAAGGUGCUUUGGAGGACUCCGUAGGCUUUUAAAACAGGGUUGAGAAGUGGCAAGGGGGGAGAAAACUGCUUGCAGCCCCGACAAGUCUGGGUUUAGUUGGUGUCAGCCAGCCUCACCCCGUAGUCAGUGCUCAGACCACUUAGGAGCGACAGUGCCUUUGGUCAGAGGUCGUCGAGCUGUAGGACAGAUGCAGACUGCCUCCCACCGAGUUCUGUCUGUCUGCCUUUAGCACGCUUCCCUCGUGCGUGGCUUCAGGGCACAGGCCGCAGGUCUCGCUCGUGUGGGGUGGCAGGUGUAGGCCCAGAGGCUGCAGGCGUGGUAAUGGUUAGCGUGAGUCACCGUUGGGAAGCGGGGCCAGCCCGUGACGGCACCGCGUUUCCUCUGUGCGGAGUCAGGUCUCCACGUUGAGCCAUGUCAGAGGCUGUCCAGGCCACUUUAGUCACCAGAGGAGAAGAGAAACAUUUUGCCAUCUAGCAGUGUGUUUCCAGCUCAGUGACAAAACUGAAGACAUAGCCCAAAUGAAAGCCAGGUCCCCUCGAUGUGAGGAUGUCUCUGAAAAACCCUUUUCUCGUCCACGGCGAUCCUUCUCCCCCCAGCCUCCAGGCCUGUACCACAAGCCCGACAGAUGUUCAGAAGCACGUGGACGAUAUGAAGGCAGAGCUGUCGUGUCAGAGCUAACCCCUUGUCAUGAACUACUUGCUUAGUUUUCUGCUUUCCAGACUUGAACCUUUAAAAAACUACCAGUUUUUAAAUUAUUUGUAUUUAUAUUUACUUAAAGAGGUCAUGUGCACACGCCGCCAUCUGUAUAAAUGUAUUGAUGGUGGAAGCUUGGAUAAGGAAGCUAUUAUUAAGUUGUGACGUCCCUCUUCUAAGCAGUUAUUUCUUUAAAAAACUAAAAAUAAUAGCUACUCACGAGUUCCCUGCUCCACUGCAAGGGUCUUUUGAGUGCUCAUUUCCUCACCUGCGCCCCCAGCUGGCAGGGAUGAGGAGGUUUCCACCUGAUCCUCGUGGGUUCAGUGUGCUGCUUGCGGAGUUCCACCUCCGGCAGGCUCACUCUUUCUCAGCAGUUUUACACCUAGUGUCUGGAAUGGUUUUGAGCAAGUCUGACUGCAGGAGUCAUUGCAAUUUCCCGUUGAAAUGACGCGUGGCUUCUGAGGAGCAAUCAUGCUUUUUCAGUAUUUUUUCCGUGGUAUUAGUGAGUACCCACAGGUUAGACUUAGAAACAACUGAUUUUAUAGAUGAGGCUCAACCUUAGAGUUCAGGUGGAACUCCUUUUUU